CACCCUCACAAGAUGCUGUAGACCAACUUUUCCAAGCUUCAUGUCGUAUGAGGUCCGAACAUUUUGGUAUGGAUAAGACAAUAAAAGCGAUCAGGGAGUGAAACCAGUUCCUUUCAUUUCAAGACUGGGAUUAAUCUGAAAGUACAUUGAGACCUAAUUGGACAAAAGAGACAGUAGGAAGUGGUACAGAGAGACAGAGAUCAAGUGGUGUAAAGAAAAAGAAAAAGAGGACAAAAAGGAAUUUGAGGAGGGAUUAGCGGAUUGAGAAGUCAGAGCUAUGGACUGGAAGACAUUCCAGGCCCUGCUCAGCGGGGUGAACAAGUACUCCACGGCGUUCGGCCGCGUCUGGCUAUCGGUGGUUUUCGUGUUUCGUGUCCUGGUGUACGUGGUGGCGGCUGAGCGAGUGUGGGGUGAUGAGCAGAAGGACUUCGACUGUAACAUUAAGCAGCCUGGAUGCCCCAACGUCUGCUAUGACCACUUCUUCCCCAUCUCACACAUCCGGCUGUGGGCGCUGCAGCUCAUCUUCGUCACGUGCCCGUCACUCCUUGUGGUCAUGCAUGUCACGUAUCGGGAGGAACGGGAACGCAAAUACCGCGCCAAACAUGGCGCCGAUGCCAAGCUCUACGACGAUACAGGCAAGAAGCAUGGAGGCCUCUGGUGGACCUACCUGAUCAGUCUUUUUGUCAAGACUGGCAUUGAGGUGGCCUUUCUCUACAUCCUCCACCACAUCUACCAUAGCUUUCAGCUGCCACGAGUGGUCAAGUGCCAGAUCUUCCCAUGCCCCAACGUUGUGGACUGUUACAUCGGCCGGCCCACUGAAAAGAAGAUGUUCACCUACUUCAUGGUGGGUGCCUCAGCCAUCUGCAUUGUUCUGAACAUCUGCGAGAUCUUAUAUCUCCUAGCCAAGCGCAUCUCCAGCUGUGCCAAGCGCCACAGGAGUCAUCAUGCACAAGCCAUGCCUCUGUACAAGCCUCCGUCUCGGGACGCGGAUAGCAACUGCACGCUGCCUAUGCAAGACCUGGACCACAAACCACAGUACAAGACCAAGUCCAAGCUGGGGGUCCCACCUGUAGAUUACAAGACGAGUGUUUUCAUGAGGGCUUCAGCUCCAAAUCUUAGCUUUGCCUAACAGUGAGAUCCACUUUUCUAAAAAGAAAAGAGCAAGCGUUUCCAGAACAAGAUGAAAUCUGAGCUCUCACUUGUGGUCUACAAACGUUUGGAGCAUUUGCAGUGAACUCCCUCUAACAGUCCACUACCUUGAGAUGAACUUGUUCUUAUAUGCGAGACGAAAGGUAAAUGCAGGACUUUGGAAAGAAGAUUGAGAUUUGCCACAGAUCUUCAACUCUCACACUUCUUUUCCUUGCUGUCCCUCAUCCUGUGCACUUAAAGAGCAGCAAAGAUUUGACAGAAUAAUCUCAGGAAGCACUUUAUGAGAAGAUCCACAGCUCAGAUUAAAUCGUUGCAGACGUCUAAGACUUUGGAUUUACUUUUAAAAUUCAGAUGAAAAGCGUGUGGCGAAUGAUUUCUCUAGUGUAACGGAAAUGAUGAACAUGGACUAAACAACUCGGGAUUGCGCUUUAGCCAGAUUUGAACAAGUAUCUUGAACCCCACUGGCUAGGAGACAGCCAUAACAAAGCAAACAUGGAGAUCUCACCGAGUUGGUUCAAAGCUUCUCCAACUGCAGCUUGUUUUUUUUAUUAUUCUUUUGUCUGGUUCUUUGAAUUACUGUUGUACAAGCACUUCUUUGUUCUCUAUUUAGGAUCUCCAGAGCAGCUGUGAACACCUGCCUACUGUUUUAUUUCUCUUUUCUCAUUGGAUAUUGAAUGUCUCUUUUUGCCAUUUUUUACCCACUUUAUUUGUCUCUUUCUUUCAUUUUCAUUCAGUUUCUUCAAAAAUAAGUUAACUACUACACUUUCUGAGCUAAGCUCUUCGAGGAAGUGAUAAAGAGCGUACGUAAUGGCUGGCAAGUACAGAAUUAGCCGUAUUGUUCAUCAGAUGAAAAGCCACGGCUGAAAGGACAAGAACUUCCACAGCCGCAGCACAGAAAUGCUGAGAAAUUGUUCUUCAGCUCAGGAGAAUGUUUUGUCGUUUUCGUCGUUAUUUCAACCACUGCCAGGUCGUCCUUUUUUUUUUACAAUGAGCAAUUCUAAGAAUUUUUAUGGAAUAUUUUUGUACAAUCCAAAUAUUCCUACCCUCAAAUUAGCAGGGAGUGGUGCUGGUAUACAUGGGGAAAGAAAGAAAACUAAACCAAAACACUUCAGAGAUAAUGAAUAACCACAGAACAUUCUAGAGACAAACAGCGAGAGACACUGAGACAGAGCGGGAGACAGAGCAAUGAAACAAAUAUGUAAUAAUAAUAAUAAUAAUAAUAAUAAUAAUAAUAAUAAUAAAAAUGACUAUUUAUAGAGCACUAAUUAUUUAAAAAUGUAGCUUAAAAUGCUUUAUAUUAAAACAACAAGACACAGUAAAGAACACUAAAAAAUACCAAACAAGGGGAAUAAACUAAAAGUUACAUAGCUAAAGUUACAGUAAUUAAAAGAAACAAUAUUGUAGGAUGAAAAGGUUAGGAUUAGGAUUUUUUGAGCUGUUCAUGGCACAAAACGUGGUAUUUGAGAACAGGGUGUGUCUCUCUUUCUUUUUCUCUCUCUCUGAAAGAGUGUCAUAUAAAUCCAGCUUUACAUCAGAGCACUUGAGGGCUUUAGAACAUUCCAGACAUGCACAGACCUGCCAUGGGUUAAAGGAGGUUUCCGAUCAUCCAAAGUAAAGAAGAAAACAAUCCUGGAAAAAAAAACACUAAUGUGAAAGUACACUGAUACUCGCUAAGAACGAACAGAUUCAUGCUUCUUCUCCAGUGUUAGGUUUAUUCAAGCGGCUUGUUUGCUCAUCAUCGAGACUCGGAGUCGGUGAGUCAGUGCCGUGUCGAGUCAAGCCUGAGUGACGUGGAAUGUGAGAGUUUACUCAAGCAAAUUGAGCCUGAAAGAGAAAAAGUGUUUCCACAUUUAACAACACUUUUAAUUGAAACAAAAUGCUGCUUCACGUGUCGAGCUGUGGCCACAUCGAGAGCUGUUUUUAAACAUUUUUUAUAUUCAUAUAAAUAAAGUAUAAAUGUUAUAUAAAGAUACAUGUCCUUGGUGAAUUAAUAAUGGAAAUUUUUUAAAGUGUAAGCAGGUAAGUAACUAUUUUAAAAUAAAAUAAAAAAAAAAGGCUGACUGCUAUAAUUUAAUUCAGAACAAGAGCUAACGUGUUUCAUGGACAUUCCACAACAUUUAAUAUAACCUGAAAUGGAUAAAACGUACAUCAUGUCAUUUUUUGAAUACAUUUCAAUUAUGACAGUAAUAGUAACGGCUGUGGCAUAAUUCAAUUCAAUUCAAUUUAUUUUGUAUAGCGCCUUUUACAAUGAACAUUGUCUCAAAGCAGCUUUACAAAAGAAGAAAAACAGAGAAAGGGGAGGGGAAAAAUGAAAAAAAAAAAAAAAGGGAAAUGAAUAUAUAAGGGAAAUAAAACACACCAGGACGUGUUUAUACCGUACCAUCCAGUCGUUUAUUAA